UCCCGAUGUUCAAAAUUUGCUUUGUGUACUUCUAACCAAAACUACUGGUCAUCCGCUUGGUCCUCUUUGGCAGGCUUUUCUUCCAAUUCCAACUAAUAAAAAACCAAAAGCAAGUUGUAUUUUUUGCAACCCUGAUAAACCUAUAUCAGGCACCACUGCAGUCAUGAGUUCACAUGUUAAAAAUUGUUUAAAAAUUUCUUUAGAAGUUCAUAAAUAUCUUCUUAAUGCUCACAAUAUUCAACAACAAAAAACACUAAUGAAUUCGAUAAUUCAAAAUGAUUUAGAUCCAACCACUACAUCAAAUAGACCAAUUAUACCUUCUAUGUUAGCUUCAAAUUUAAUUACUUCUACAAUGAAUCACAAUUAUUUUAUACAACUACCAUUAGAUUCAUAUGAAUCUAAUAAGCUUUUACUAGAAGCACAAAAACAACUCUCAAAUAAUAUUCUUAAUAAUGUUUAUAAAAAAGUUCAAACAUUAAUUCAACAAUUUGUUUGUAAAUCAGUUAUUGGCAAAAAUCAGAGAAUUGAGCUUGUUAAAAUUAAAAAUAUUUUUAGAGAAAGCCAAACUUCAAUAGUUAUUCUUAAAGAUUUGAAAGAUGUAAUUACACAAAUUG